AUGUUUUGUGAGAAUGAUCCGCCAUUAUUUGAUAAAAAUAUUUCCAUCGUAAUGCAACAAACACUUUAUGAAUUUCGAUCAACAUACGAUGUAUUACAUCCAUAUGUAUGCCUUUUAAUUUGCCCAGCGGGUAUUUUUGCAAAUAUAAUUCAUAUUUUGGUAUUAACCAGACCAAGUAUGCUACGAUCAGCAGUUAAUUGUGUAUUAGUUGUCAUUGCUGUAUGUGAUAUUAUUACGAUGAGUUCAUAUCUUUUAUAUAUUGUUAAAUUUAAAUUUCUUAUGCCAAUAUCAGGUAUGGGAGUAAGUUAUAUGUGGGUAGUAAUUCUUAAAAUUCAUGCCGUAACGUCUAUAGCACUUCACGGAAUAACAUUGUAUUGUUGCGUGACGUUGGCUAUUAUUCGUUGGAGUGCUUUGGCACAAUCUCGAAAUUCACUUUUUCAGCCUAGUACUUCAUGGUGUGCAACAGGUAUUAUUGCAAUAGUUGUGUCAGCCAUAUGCAUUCCAACCUUUUUGGUGCAUGAAAUAAAAGUUGUAUGGGUUUCUGGUGAACAAUUAUUUUAUACUAUUGAUAUAUCUGAUUGGGCAAUACAUGAUAGUUGCAAAUAUUUCAAACUUAAUUUAUGGAUUUUAGGUAUUGCCUUAAAGGCAUUACCUUGUUUAUUACUGUGCUGUUUCACAAUUUUAUUAGUAUUUCGAUUAAGGAAUAAUCUAAAAAGACGACAAAAUUUACUUUUUCGAAAGUAUUACUUUACUGAUGAUAUUGGAAGUAAAAAAAGUAAUAGUAAUGCUGCUGCAAAGAGAAGUAAACGAAAUUAUGAUCGAACAACUCUUACACUUGUCGUUAUGCUUUCUGUCUUUUUGGUGACAGAAUUACCGCAAGGUGUUUUAGCAAUGUUAAAUGCUUUGCAUACCAAUGAUGUGCAUAGCAUUUUGUAUAGAAAUUUGGCAAAUUUAUUAGAUUUAUUAUCACUGAUUAAUUGUUACGUUGGUUUUAUGACUUAUUAUUUCUUAAGCUCAAAAUAUCGACAAACUUUUGUUAUUAUGCUUGUUAAUUCAAAAUUGAAUGGUAAAACAUUUUUUCGACCGAUUCGCACACUUUUCAACUGA